AUGACUCGUCCAGCUGGUGCGAGUUUCGCCCAGUUUUUCCCUGACGCGCCCCGGGAACGCGAGAGGGCGAGAAUGAAAGCGCAGGAAUCCCCGUCGGCUCACCCUGGCGAAGCCAAUCAACAGCGCACCCCCCUCAACCCUUCGGCGUCUUCUCAUAGUGACGAAGGGCCUCGUACUGGCUUCGCAUCGAGAUCCCACCUCAAUGGCACCGGUCCUCAUACUGCACACCCUCCGACGGAAGACAUCGAGUCGCUCACCGGAGAUACGAUCAACACCGGCGGGUCGGCCAGCUCCCAUACCAGCGCAAGCUCCUCGGUCUUUAGUGCUGCGGCGCGGCCGAGCGCACCGGGCGCUGUGAAACUCCCACAUACCCAACCCACCCCGCCUACCGCCAUCACCUCACCGUCGUCAUACCUAUCUACAACUGUCCCUGCCAAGGCGCAGCCGACCACUCCUUGCCGUGCCGACGGAGUAGAGGGACCCGUACCGAUGCCUAGCGGAUCUGUCCCUGACGCCCCGGCUAUCGAACGCGUGCCUGCACGAGACCCCUCUCGCUCGAUCAAAUGCGUAAAGCGCACGUAUGAUCCUCUUCUGGAUACAUCGCUUUCCAGCUCCGAGAAGAGAAAGGCGAAACCGAUAUACAAAGAGUUUGGAUUGGACGACGAAGAUGACGCUCCCCCCUCAGAUCCCCGCCUAGCAAAAGGCGGUCGGCUCAACUACAUCAAUGUCGACUUCCACCUUCCGAAGGCCCGGUUGCGCCAUGCGCCCUACAAUCUCAAGCCGUACAAGUAUGAUCCGAAGACGUCUUGCGGGCCUGGGCCUCCCACCCAGAUCGUCGUCACCGGGUUCAACCCCCUGAUUGCGUUCUCCAAGGUUACUGCCAUCUUUGCCUCUUUUGGCGAGAUCGCCGAGAGCAGCAACAAGAUGCACCCAGACACCGGGAGUUACUUAGGUUUCGCUACCUUUCGUUAUCGGGAUUCGAAACCACACCGCUCACGUCCGUUCCCGAUCUCCGCUGCCGACGCAGCGCAGCGCGCCAUUCGAGCCAUGCACGGGAAGCGGAUAGAGGCCAACACAGUCCGUGUUGAGUACGAUCCAGAGGGCAAGAAGAGCUCCCGCAUGCUGGAGGAGGCCCUGAAGAAGGAAAAUGAGGCGUCGCACAAUGCGGCCGAGCCGAAGAUUCCCACGGGCCCAAAACCCAAAGACAUCAUUCCCGGCCCCCCUCCGACCGCGCCCAAGGGCCCUGCGGCGCACCGUGGUAGCCUAAUCAAUGUCCAGGGAGUCUGGGUGCCGAAGCCGAGGCUGGAUACAAUCAUCGAAACUGAACCCAUCGCGAAUCAACUCAAGCACGACCCGUACAUAUUCGUAGCCCACGAGCAUGUCCCCGUCAUGCCGACCACCAUCGCCCAUAUGAAGCGGCGUCUUAAAACGUUCAUGUUUGAGGACAUUCGGGCGGACAGGACGGGCUAUUAUAUUAUCUUUCGCGAUUCGGGAUUCGGCCGCUCCGAGGCCGAACGAUGCUUUCGGUCAGCGAAUCACACCACUUUCUUUACCUACACCAUGGUCAUGGACCUCCACGUCCACGGAACCCUCGGCAAGGCGUCACGUCCCGUCGAUACUCGGCGGCGUAGUCGCACCCCAGACCGGAGACACGGUGAGGACACCCGAUCGCGCGAGGAACAAGAGCGUCGCCGGCGGGAGGAAGAAGCGGACCUCGAGGAGGAGAAGCGACAGCGCGCCAAGAACUUUGACCCGGUGCUGGAGGCCACCGACGUGGUUCUGCGCGAGAUGAAGGAACAGCUGAUCAAACACAUCCGUACCAAGAUCGCGGCACCGGCGCUCUUCAACUUCCUCGACCCUGUCAAUCACAUAGCCAAGCGGCGCCAGCUAAACCUCGAAGACCCCCAGAACGCCGGACUUCCCCCUAUCUUGCUUGAUGACUUCGAGGACAGGUCUCCGGUUGGGACUCCGAAUUCCAGGGCAGAUCCCAUAGAACGGCGAACCGCCCGUCUCGACGUGUCCACCCUGCCUCGUAUCCGCAAGGUCAAGAAUGCCGGACUGAAUGCGCGAAAGCACGGCUUCAACGACCCAUUUGCGCGGAAUCGGCCCGCCGCCAGGCGCACAGCCUUCCGGUCUCUGCAUUACCGGCUGAGGAGCGACAGCGAGGGCGAGUCCGAUGAUGAGGCUGAGAAUACGACGCUGUUCGGCAGAGACACGGAAGAGCCCGAGUCUCGACCUCGGAGCCGGAUGAGCUCAGAUUUUGAGGCCGAAAAAGACGAGUUUGCAACCUGGGGACCUGGCGAGGAUGACUCCAUGACGGAGGCCAGCUUUGCGCUGGGUGAUGGCUCCGGGCUACCCAAGAAGCGGAAACUUGACCUUCAGGUCGAAACGGCCAUCAAACGGCAGAAGAAGACAGACGAGGAGCUGUUCGGAAUCACCAUUGACCGUAUCGAGACCGAGUUUCCGUCGAGGGAAGCCUCCGAAGACACCUUGGUUCGCGAUGCCGAGGCUGCUGAGGAGAAGGACACCGACGGCUCCCGAUUGCCGACACCUUUACCUCAAGGAGCCAAGGCCAGGAAGAAGGCGCCCGCCAAGCCCAAAAAGAAGUCCAAGAAGCAGCUCUUUGAGGAGAGGGAAGCCCUCAAACGGCAGCAGCAGGAGAUCUACGAGAGGGAAGCGGAGGCCCGGCGGUCGGAAGAUGUGGACGAGGCCAAACCGACGCCCGAGUCGGAGGCUGAGCUCAAGAAACCCGGAGCGGAAGAAGAGAAGGCAGAUCUGGACGAGAAUAUGUAUCCAUCAGAGAAAGUUUCGGCUCUCGAGCUUCCACAGGAUUUCCGGUUCGAUGUGGCAACGUUGGAGGAGCUGGCGCUCGGAGAGGCCGAUCAGCCAGAUCUUGCAAAGCUCCAAAAGAAGUUUGGUCGUGGGAAGCUCGAAGACCCUGAGCUGUGGUUGUGGAGGCGGAACCGCAUCCGGGAGCUGAACUCGGCUGACGGGACGUCGAAAAAUCCGGUUCGCAUUGAGGGCUACUAUGUCCCGAACCCCACUGGCUGCGCCCGAACCGAAGGAGUCAAGAAGAUUCUCAACUCGGAGAAGUCCAAGUACCUCCCCCAUCAUCUCAAAGUCAAGAAGGCCAGGGAGGAGCGUCAGGCGCAGAACGGCAAGAGCGCAAAAGAUUCUGUUCUGGCCGCGGCCGAGGCCGCCCGACUGGCAGCCGAGAGCCUUGUCGCCAAGGGCAACUCGCGCGCCAACCGUGCAAACAACCGCCGGUUCGUCGCCGACCUGAAUGACCAGAGAAAGACGCUCGGCCAGGAUUCGGACGUCUUGCGGUUCAACCAGCUCAAGAAGCGGAAGAAACCGGUCAAGUUCGCGCGAUCGGCGAUCCACAACUGGGGCCUAUACGCGAUGGAGAACAUCCCCAAGGACGACAUGAUCAUCGAGUACGUGGGUGAGGAGGUUCGGCAACAAAUCGCCGAGCUUCGGGAGCACAGGUACCUCAAGAGCGGCAUCGGCAGCAGUUAUCUCUUCCGAAUCGACGACAACACCGUCAUCGACGCGACCAAGAAGGGCGGCAUCGCGCGGUUUAUCAACCAUAGCUGCAUGCCCAACUGCACGGCCAAGAUCAUCAAGGUGGAAGGCAGCAAGCGGAUCGUCAUCUACGCGCUCCGAGACAUUGCGCAGAACGAGGAGUUGACGUACGACUACAAGUUCGAGCGCGAGCUUGGCAGUACAGACCGCAUCCCCUGCCUGUGCGGGACGGCCGCGUGCAAGGGCUUCCUCAACUGAGUGCCGGGACAGUUCCUGCCAGCCAUACAUACCUGCCUUAGAACCUGUAAUGUUUGCCUGUUUGUGUUACCACUACACACUUCACGGGACUACCUUGUUUGGCGGCUUGCGACGACCUUGGGGGCCCUGGGGUUAGGAAAGCCGUUGCGAUGUGUGUUCGGCCGCGCGCCGGAUCAGGUCUAGGCGAGCUUGCUUGCAAGGUGACCGUGGCCCGGAAAGAGUACCGGGCGUUUCAAGUAAUUUACACUGCCCCAUGCGGAGUAACGAAGGGAAGGAUUCAUGGCCGCGCCUCCGUGCGAUUGAAUGCAGGAUGACGGGAGGGAGUGAGUGCCGGUUGGGCAGGUGGUGAUUUGUCUCUCUUUUGCCGCCCAUCUUGAGUCGAGGGGCGGCAGAACGGAGGAGGCUUGCUGACUAGACGGGCUCCGAUUUUGAUCAGCGGAGUAUCCACAGCACAAUUUUACCACGUAGUCUUUUCCA